UAUACUUUCUGUCACAUGAAAUCUCGAGAGCUUUCAAUUUCAAUAUAGGUACAGAUGCACUCUCCUGUUCCCUCCUAAGACAACAACAACGACGAACAGUACGAGAUCGAAAACGAUCCCCUUCCUCUUUGAGAUUUGGGACUUGGGAUUUUGAAUUUGAGAUUUGGGAUUACAGUGGAUUGAAUCAAGAAAUGCACGAAGUGGAGCAAGCGGACGAGCCCAACUCUGAUUUCGUUGAGACUGAUCCCACUCGUCGCUACGGCCGGUAUGAGGAGGUGUUAGGAAAGGGUGCUUUCAAAACAGUUUAUAAAGCAUUUGAUGAGUUGGAAGGCAUAGAGGUUGCUUGGAAUCAGGUUAAGGUGGUCGAUGUGCUUCGGCACUGUGAAGAGCUGGAGCGCCUCUAUUCCGAAGUCCACUUGCUCAAGACUCUCAAACAUAAGAAUAUUAUCAAGUUUUACAACUCUUGGAUCGAUACGAAACAGGAUAACAUCAACUUCAUUACCGAGGUUUUCACCUCUGGGACCUUACGCCAGUACCGAAAGAAACAUAAGCAUGUAGAUGUAAGAGCUUUAAAGAAUUGGUCAAGGCAGAUUUUGAGUGGUCUUCUCUACCUGCAUAGUCAUGACCCGCCUGUUAUUCAUAGAGAUUUGAAAUGUGACAACAUAUUUGUUAAUGGAAACCAAGGUGAGGUGAAGAUUGGUGAUCUCGGACUGGCAGCUAUUCUUCGCCAUGCUCAUUCAGCUCAUAGUGUCAUAGGAACACCUGAAUUCAUGGCCCCUGAACUUUAUGAAGAAGAGUAUAAUGAGUUGGUUGACAUUUAUGCCUUUGGCAUGUGCUUACUGGAGCUUGUAACGUUUGAGUACCCCUAUGUGGAAUGUACUAAUGCAGCACAAAUAUAUAAGAAAGUAACAUCGGGGAUCAAGCCUGCAUCGCUGUGUAAGGUGAAAGACCCUGGAGUGAGACAGUUCAUUGAAAAAUGCAUUGCUGAUGUUUCUGAGAGAUUGUCAGCGAGAGAACUACUAAUGGAUCCUUUUCUCUGGUCAGAUGUUGAUAAUGAUAGCACAAGUCAUUCUUCAAGAAGAGAUCUGAGCGCUGUAGAUGAUGUUGGACAUUCGGAUGCAAAUAUCAUAAAUAACACAACCGAGGAAGUAGAAAACUCCCCGUUGCCUGCCCGAGAUUUUACAGUGGAAGGUCAACGAAAAGACAUCAACACAAUAUUCCUGAAGCUACGAAUUGCAGAUUCCACAGGUCAAAUUCACAACAUCCACUUCCCAUUUGAUAUUGAAGCAGACACGUCAAUCAGUGUGGCCACAGAAAUGGUUGCAGAGUUAGACCUCACAGAUCAAGAUGUUACAGCCAUUGCUGCAAUGAUUGAUUCUGCCAUACAAGCUCAUGUCCCUGAAUGGGUUGGAACUGAAGUACUGGAAGAUGAUCAAAACAAUGAAGCUGAAGAACCUGGUUCUUUACCAAGUGAACCUGAUCGCUCUCCUGGUGCUCUUGUCCUCGAGAGGCUCCCUUCUGGUAGGAGAUACUGGUCGGAUUCUCCAAAAGGAUCCUGUGAAGGUUCUCCUUCUGCUCCUACACAAUUAAAUCCUCAGUCAGAAUUGAAUUCCCACAUCAGUGAUGAUUUCUCCACUGGUGGUUGUGAAAAGCAUGAGGACCCAUCAAAACUUGAUGACCAAAAAGAAACAUCUUUUAGUUCCAAAUUAUUACACAAUCAGAAUGAAGCGGCUGUUGAGACUGAAUCUCUCGAAUCCAUAGUGGAAAAUAUAGAGAGACUCUUUGUUGUGCAGCAGAAUGAAAUUGAAGAACUGAAGAAGAAGCACCAAAUGGCUAUAGCACAUCUCCUACAGAAAGUGCCUCCUGAGCUUCGUAUCAGAAUUUUUAAUAUGUGUCGCAGGAAAUUUCCUAACUAUGAUGUUGACAAAGUGGCUCAAUAUGACUUACCAGGAGAUAAUUAUUUGGAGGAACUGUAAUUUACGCAAAGUUGCUGAGGAUUUUCUUUUAGUAUAGAAAAGUCAUGAUUGCUGCAUAGAGCUUGGUUGCUUCUCACGUUGUUGACAAAGUCAAUAGUUAAGAGGAAAUUUCUUGGCAAAUAGAUGACAA